UAAAGACGAUUAAAUGAAUUAGGAUAUUGUAGCAUUUAGACAUUUGAGACAGACAUUUGACAAAGUACUUUAUAAAGAUUCGCAAAAUAAAGAAGUACAAUCUUAUAGGUCAGUUUGAGGAAUACAGAGGAGCUAGACCAAUCAGCCUGUUCGGCAUAUCCAGGUGGUAAAUCCUCCUGCCCCUGUAUUUUUUUCUCAACGUCGCCAUUAAAGACCGUCUCAUCGGCGGUUGGAAAUGGGGAUUAAAAUGAUUUAAAGCCCCAAACAGACAGCAGAGGGACGGGAGUCGAUUUUUUUAGUAUGUGGAUAUCGACGCUCCGAACGAACGGGGCGCAAAAACCUAAAUAUGCGGCUUCUGGGUAAAUAAACUUGUUGGCCGCGGGACACACGGUGGGGGAUUAGACUGGGGAAGCCGGAGUCUUGUUAGGACUGUGAAGCUCGGUUUGUUGUGGUAUCGCCUUGAAGAGGAGUGUAAACACAGGAAAAGCAUCCUGCUUGCCUGUGUGAUCUCCCAGAGCCUGCCUGUCGACCUGAGUGCCUCCGAGCAGCUGCCUCCCCCAGCGGUGGAGCAGAGCGACCAUGACUGAGCUGGGUGCCAAGUGGGCCUGUGACUACUGCACGUUUGAGAACUGGCCCUCAGCUAUCAAGUGUACCAUGUGCCGUGCCCAGAGGCCCAGCGGGGGCACCAUCAUCACGGAGGAGUCCUUUAAAAACAGCCCCAGCCUGGACGCCGGGCUCCAGCAGUGGGACCCUGCAAGUCUGAGCCAGAGCGACAGUCCUCCCCAGGGGGUCUCCAGCCUCCUCAUCUGCCCAGACUCCAGCGCCCGUCCCCGGGUCCGCAUCUCAGACGCCCCGGAGACGCCCAGCAAGUGGUCUUGCCACAUGUGCACCUACCUGAACUGGCCCCGAGCCAUCCGCUGCACCCAAUGCUCGUGUCAGCGUCAGCCGGGGCAGCAGCACCACCUCCACCAGGGCCACCCCCUGCAACCCCGCAGCCCCACAGAGUCACCCCAGACCUCAGGCACAGGGUGCCGGCCCGCCCCCCCCUCCUCGCCCACGGACCCCUGCGAGGAGUACAACGACCGCAACCGGCUCAACACUCACGCCCAGCACUGGACCUGUGCUGCCUGUACGUAUGAGAACUGGCCCAAAACACGAAAGUGCGUGGUGUGUGACCACCCCAGGCCGCCCAACGGCCUGGCGGAGCCAAUCGAACUGGCCACGGAGCCCGAGAGCCAGCCCCCCUCCAUACUCAACGAGCAGGACAGGGACAACCGCAGGGGGGUGGGAGGCGGGGGGCUCGGAGGGGGGGUGGUGGGCUGCAGCGGCAGCCAGAGAAGGUCUCCUCCGACGUUGAGGAGGGACGCAGAGGUCAAGAUGGACUUCCAGAGGAUCGAGCUGGCGCAGGGGGCGGGGGGGAGCCAGGAGGAGCUGGAGGUGGACUUUAAAAAGCUGAAGCAGAUCAAGAACAGGAUGAGGAGGACCGACUGGCUGUUUCUCAAUGCCUGUGCAGGUGUGGUGGAGGGAGACCUGGCAGCGGUGGAGGCGUACAAGUCGUCCGGAGGCGACAUCGCCCGGCAGCUCAAGUCAGACGAGGUGCGUCUGCUGAACCGGUCGUCUGCGUUUGACGACGGCUUCACCCUGGUGCACCUGGCCAUCCGCUUCCAGAGACAAGACAUGCUGGCUGUGCUGCUCACAGAGGUGUCACAGCAGGCUGCUAAGUGCAUCCCUGCCAUGGUGUGUCCAGAGCUCACGGAGCAGAUCCGCAGGGAAGUAGCCGCAUCGCUGCACCAGCGCAAGGGAGACUUCACCUGCUUCUUCCUCACUGAUCUGGUUACCUUCACCCUGCCCGCAGACAUCGAGGACCUUCCCCCGCCGGUUCAGGAGAAACUGUUUGACGAAGUUCUCGACAGGGACGUCCAGAAAGAGCUGGAGGAGGAGUCUCCCAUCAUCAACUGGUCCCUGGAGCUGGGCACUCGGCUGGACAGCCGGCUGUACGCGCUGUGGAACCGCACGGCCGGGGACUGUCUGCUGGACUCGGUCCUGCAGGCCACCUGGGGCAUCUACGACAAGGACUCGGUCCUCCGAAAGACCCUCCAUGACAGCCUGCACGACUGCUCCCACUGGUUCUACACCCGCUGGAAGGAGUGGGAGUCGUGGUACUCCCAGAGCUUCGGGCUCCACUUCUCCCUGAGGGAGGAGCAGUGGCAGGAGGACUGGGCCUUCAUCCUGUCCCUGGCCAGCCAGCCUGGAGCCAGCCUGGAGCAGACUCACAUCUUCGUGCUGGCUCACAUCCUCCGCAGGCCCAUCAUCGUCUACGGAGUCAAGUACUACAAAAGCUUCCGGGGAGAGACCCUGGGCUACACCCGCUUCCAAGGUGUGUACCUGCCCCUCCUGUGGGAGCAGAGCUUCUGCUGGAAGAGCCCCAUCGCCCUGGGUUACACACGGGGUCACUUCUCAGCCCUGGUCGCCAUGGAGAACGAUGGCUUCGACAAUCGCGGCGCGGGCGCCAACCUCAACACCGAUGAUGACGUCACCGUCACCUUCCUGCCCCUGGUGGACAGCGACAGGAAGCUGCUCCACGUCCACUUCCUCUCAGCGCAGGAGAUGGGGAACGAGGAGCAGCAGGAGAGGCUGCUGAGGGAGUGGCUGGACUGCUGCGUGACAGAGGGCGGCGUGCUGGUGGCCAUGCAGAAGAGCUCGCGGCGGAGGAACCACCCCCUGGUCACCCAGAUGGUGGAGAAGUGGCUGGAUGGAUACAGGACCAUCCGGCCCUGCGCCUCGCUCUCCGACGGCGAGGAGGACGAGGAAGACGAGGAUGAGUGAGGCGAGGAAGACGAGGACGAGUGAGACGAGGAGGGCGAGGCCACGGAGCAGGGCCGCUCUCCGCAGGGGGGUUUUAGUUUGAGGUUUAGUUUUCUUUUUCCUGACACGGACAAACUGUGAAUGCCUUCAGGAGGGCAGGGAACUACAGGCCUUCACCCCCGAGCCUCUACCCCUGGGCAGAUAAACUGUAGGCCCACAUAAACAAACACACUCACACAAUACCCAUACAAACCUGAGACUGAAACCUGAGGCUGAUCAAAAGGACUCCACUGCUGCAAAAACAAACUGAGGAUAAUGGAAAUUAAAGGAUCCUAGUUUACGAAUGCUAAUGAUCUUUAUUGAUUUUGUGUUUUUGUUUUAUUCUCAAAUGUAAAAUCUUUAUCCAUAAAUGUAAUGCAUGUGGUUGUUCAACAACAAAAAAAGAAGUAUAAGGAAAUAUACCAGCAUCAGUUUAACGCAAAAUAUCUUUAUAACAGUUUAUAAUGGGCACUGACUUUAAGCACACUUCAAAAAUGACUGUCCUUUUGAUGUUUUUCCAGCUAACAUAGAAUUGGCUUGUUUUUUUGAUGGGCAGGGAUAAAACCAAUAUCACACUUUGGGUCAGUGGACCCAGUAGACUACCAGAGAGAUUGUGUACUACAAAUGUAAUUGUUAAUACUAAGCACUGCACAUUUAUGGAGAAUACAAAUUUAUAUAUAAAUAUAACGCUCAAAUAAAGGUCAUUUAUGAAGCUUUGAAAAGGAACCUCCUUUUCAGGUCUGAUCCAGACUCACUGACGUUCAGGACACAGAUCAGACAUGUUGGAUCUUUAGUUAGGCCUCCUUUCAGACCGACUGAAGUGAAAAGUCCUUUUUUGUUUGUUGGAUCUUCUCCAAACUUCUACAAUAUUUAUUUGUUUGGGAGUUUUUUGCGCGCUGAUGAGAGCUUUGAUUCUCUUUUUCCGUUAGUUUUUUUUGUGUCAACUAUCCUCUCGAUCUUGAUGAAGACAUUUACGUUGCACAGAAACAUUCUUUGCUGUGAGGAUAUAGGCAACCACAACUAUUUGUGAAGUUUACUUCUGUUUUGUUUUUUUUUCUGUGUGAUUUAAGUACCUCAUGUGGAUGUUCUAAUGUGGUGCUUUUGGUUGUUUGGAGAAGAGGGAGAGAAACGCCCUAGUGUCGACAUUAAACCAGAAUCACACUUGUCCCUGUUCCGCCUCGCAUUUCUUCUGUCCUCUCUGUCCUCCAUGGUACAUCCGAGUCCUCUCUGUCACGCCUCCUCGUCUGUGUGGGAACCUGUCAUGAACCACGUUUGAUUCUGUCUUCUGAGAAACGACACAGAAAACCAAAGUUGAGACGGAGCGAGUGGCCGUGCUUUGCUGUGAGGGGACGCUUCCCUUGCCAUCCAGUUGAGUACUGUAACCUGUUUUUGUUUUUGUUGGUGUGUUGCAUUCUAGUCAUACACACAUUCGCGCAUUACCUGUAUGUUGCUUUAUAUUUAUGCAAUAGUUGCAGAUCUGAUUAUGAUGGUUUGUGGAUUUAGGUAACAGCCUGGCCUUCACUCUACAGUAUAACGUGUAUGGCAAGGACAGGCCAAUUAAGGAAAAAAAUAAAAACCUUUUUGAAUGUCCAA